GGUUUCCGCAUCCUCAUAAUCGACAAGCUUGGUGGCUGGCUGGAACACUGGCGCGUAUUAUUCCGCGCAUACCGUAUCCCGUACCUCCGCUCGCCCAUGUUCUUCCACCUCGACCCGUCAGACUUUGACGCUCUCCUCGCGUAUGCACAGCAUCUUGUCCGCGGACUAUCAGAGCUCAUUGCUAUUCCCGGGGUGGUGGGCAGCGAGAAGUCGAAACACCGCAUGAAGACCGAACGGAAAGGUAAACGAAUUUCGGCGAUGGGUCCACCGGUCAACGAGCUAGGGCGUAGGGAUUACUUCACGCCCUCCAGCGCUCUAUUCGAGGACUUUGUCGAUGAGAGCGUCGUACGCAGGUACGGACUCGAGGGUGACCGCUUAGAGUGGGACGAUGAGGGCGAGGACGUUGGGGUCGGGGUCGAGGGCCCGCAGUUCAGGGUCUGUCUCGACGACGGGUCGAUGGUAGUGGCCAAAGCAGUCGUAUCUGCCGUCGGUACCGGUGGCAUACCUAACAUCCCACCGUACUUGCAUCCCCCAGACGACAAACAUUCCCAGCCAUGGGGGCGUGGGUGGGCCCACUCGGCUGCCCUCGCAAACCCGGCAUUCCGCUUACCCCGGCCGUCCAAGACCCGGCGCCUGCUCGUCAUCGGCGGCGGGCUCACGUCCGCGCAGCUCGUGCCGCUCACGCUCGCGCACGGGUACGAGCACGUCACGCUGGUCAUGCGCGGGCACCUCAAGGUCAAGCCGUUCGACUUCGACCUGGAGUGGGUCGGCCGCUACGCGAAUAUCGAGAAGAUGCGGUUCUGGCAGCUGGACAACGUCGAGGACCGCGCGAGGAUGAUGCGCGAGGCGCGGAACGGCGGGAGCAUCAACCCCGUGUAUGCGCGCGUGUUGAAGAAGUUGCAGGAGCAGGGCAAGGCGAGGGUCCUCACGCAUACGGUGGUCGAUGCCGUGGAGUGGAUCAAUGGUGCCUGGCGUCCUGCGUACCCGGGGGGUGAGCGGAGUACGCGAUCGUACGACUUCAUUCUCUCUGCGACGGAAGCUCAACUCGGUUUCUCCUCUUUGCCGUUUGUGCGUGACUUCAGCAAGAAGCACCCAAUUAAGGAGUUUGGAGGGCUGCCUGUCUUGACGGCGGAUCUGCAAUACACCAAAGACAUCCCUCUCUUCUGUGUUGGUGCAUAUUCUGCUAUUCAGAUGGGUCCUGGCGCGUUCAACCUCGGAGGGAUGCGCGAAGCUGCCGAUCGAGUGGCCGCACGUCUGGACGACUUGAUC